AUGCUGAUCGCAUUCCGGUACGUGUAUAUUCAUUUUCUUCAAAACUCGAUCUUGAGGAUCUGUCCCUUCUCCUGUCCUACCUUGCUCUUUCUCACCGCUCAUUUCAACUUGGCUGACUGGUCUUCUACAAAACAGGUCAUCUGCGAGAAGGUCGAGAAAUCGGACAUCGCCACCAUCGACAAGAAGAAGUACCUGGUACCUGCAGACCUCACCGUCGGCCAGUUUGUCUAUGUUAUCCGCAAGCGCAUCAAGCUCUCGCCUGAAAAGGCCAUUUUCAUUUUCGUCGACGAGGUCCUGCCUCCGACAGCUGCGCUCAUGAGUAGUAUCUAUGAAGAGCACAAAGAUGAGGAUGGCUUCCUCUACAUCACAUACUCCGGUGAAAACACGUUUGGUGAUUGCUAA